AUGGCACCGAUUGCACCUCCCAAGAAACUUGAGCUCACAGAAUUGAUAGACAUGUUACGUGGUCCCUACGUCGAAAUCGAAGUAGGAGAAAAGCCAGAUUCCAAGAUAUUCAACCUUCCGAAGCUAGUACUGUGUCACUAUUCACCUUACUUCGAUCGAUGCUUCAACGGUGGCUUCAAAGAAGCGACAGAGCAGAAAUUGCAUCUCCCUGAGGAUAAUGUUAAGUUCUUUGAGCCUUUGAUGAAUUAUAUGAUUCAAGGCAAAGUCCCAGAAGAGAUGUUAUUCGGCGGAUGGCCUACGGACAGGACAGGUAGGGUGAGGGGCCGCGAAAUUUGGAAAUGGGAAAUGACUUGCGUCAAAUUCAUGGAAUAUUCAGACAAGUAUGGAUUGGGAGCCAUUGCAUGCGAUCUCCUUUACAGCUUCAUGGAUAGGGCAUGGCGUCCCCAUAAUGAUUUCAAGAGAGUUUGGGCAUGCCCUCCGGCGGAAGCAAUCAGUGCCAUCUUCAGAUUUGCGCCCGCUGGACAUCCUUUGAGAGCUUUGGCUGUAAGCGGUGCAUGCUACAAAUCUAUUCCAGGUCCCCAUGACUGUGAUCGAAAAACGGCUAAGUAUACGUGUCCCAAAGAAUGUCUCAAUUUCGAACAGAAUUAUGAUGGAUUUGCUGCUGAGAUGGUUUUGCUACUCCGAUCUGAAAUUAACAAACAAAAAAAUUUCAUAUGGUCCAGUGAUCUCAGAUACGACCAGAAGCCUCUGGAUUAA